AUGGUUGGUAAAAAGUCGGGAAAGGCCCUCCGGGAUGAGGGCCUUGAGCGGACGGAUAAUAACAUGGAGUUGUCAAACUGGCCUCAGAUCGCCCCGAUCAACCAGAAGAACUACUAUACUGAUUAUCUCAAGAGAGACGACCAGUAUUUGGCCUUUAGACUGCAGAAUGAAGAGACAAGGAAUAGGAUGGCCAAAACAGCAAAGGAUCGGGAUCGUGCUCUAGCCCUGGCGAAAGCGAAUGACUUGGGUUUGCCCGAACCGGAGGCGGAUGCGGAUGGAGAUACGAACAUGGAAGAUGGUACGGAGGAGACGGCUGAAACGUUAGGCUCCAAGGUGAUUGUCAUCCAUGUUGGUAGUCAGAACCUGCGGAUUGGUUUGGCCAGCGAUGCAUUGCCGAAGACAGUUCCCAUGGUGAUUGCGCGCAAAUCGACCACGAGUGAGUCCGAAGACCACGAUGAGCCUUCUCCCAAAAGGCUGAAACUGGACGACGGCUAUCCAAUGGAGCCUGAGAAAAUGUUUGGUCCUGAGUUUUCGUCGCAAUAUACCACGAUGGUCGCAGAACUCAAGGGACAUAUGCGACAAAACAAACGCAGAACUCUACCUAAUUCCAAAGAAAUGGUCAUCAACUACAACCGAAGGACUGUACCGGAAACCAUUCCUGAACACAAUGACCCGCUCCGUAUUGAAUGGACAGACAUUGAGGACCAAGCACCUGAAUAUAUCGUUGGUCAAGCAGCACUGAGGAUACCUGACGAUUCGAAACCUCGAUACAAACUCUACUGGCCCAUGAGAUAUGGGUGGUGCAACGAAAAAGACUACGACAGCAAGAGACUCUUAUUCCUGGAUGUCGCGCUUAUUCUUGAGGACACGAUCAAAAACCAAUUGGGUGUGACCAGCAAAAAGGACUGGGCGCAGUAUUCAUGUGUCUUUGUUAUUCCAGAUUUGUACGAGAAGACGUACGUUACCCAGGUCCUUGAUAUGCUGAUGAGGGAAUUUUCGUUCGCCCGCGUCUGCUUCAUUCAGGAGAGUUUGGCCGCUACCUUUGGUGCCGGAUUCACAUCGGCAUGUGUUGUCGACAUUGGUGCACAAAAGACGUCGAUAUGUUGCGUGGAGGAAGGAAUGUGUAUUGAAAACUCUCGCGUCAAUCUGAAAUUCGGCGGUGCCGAUGUGACCGAGGCAUUUAUCAAGAUGAUGAUGUUUGAUCAUUUUCCGUAUGCAGAGAUCAAUCUGUGGCGUCGGUAUGACUUCUUGCUAGCUGAGGAGUUGAAGAAAAAUGUCUGCACGUUGAACGAGGCAAGCGUUUCAGUGCAAGUUUUCGACUUCCACCUUCGCAUUGCCGGACAAGACACUCGGAAAUAUUCCUUCAAGGCCUACGAUGAAGUCCAUCUCGCCCCCAUGGGCUACUUCCAGCCUUCCAUAUUCGACAAUUCGGAAAAGCUCGAGGGACGCAGGAAGUUCAUCAUCCGUUCCGUCGACAUUUACGAUAGCCAGCCGAACGAUCCUACAUCCGCAGCUCAGUCUGAGAUCUUGACCGCCAUUGCCCCUCCACUAGCUAAUGGCCAGGUGAAUGGCGAACCUCGGCCUGUCACAUUAGAUGUCCAAGCGACACCAAGUCGCUCACAACAAGUGAACGCCCUCAGCCGUGUACAGGAACUAGAUGCCACUCCUCGAUCGUCGGUUGCUGGAUCACCUGCACCAGAAGCGGUCGGCACACCUCACGCUGGAGGUGGUGGCACUCCACUUCCUAACGGACAGGGACAGAGCGUCUCGCAACCUCCUCGUGCACCUACUGUGGAGGAGCGCGAUGACAUUCUUCCAGUAUUCCCCUUGGACAACGCGAUUCUCACAUCCAUCGCACACGCUGCUCGAUCUGACGAGCGCAAGAUGCGGGAUUUCCUCGGUGGGAUCAUGGUUGUGGGAGGCGGUAGUCUCGUCAACGGCUUCCAUUCCUUCCUGGAAGAGCGACUCCAAACUCUGCGACCGGGCUUUGCCAAUGAAAUCAUGGUUGGCACGCCCCCAAGAGAUCUCGACCCUCAAGUAGUGGUCUGGAAGGGGGCAAGCGUAUUUGGCAAGCUGAGUGGGACGAACGACAGCUGGAUUGGACAGUUGGAGUAUGACCGGCUGGGGCAUAGACUGAUGGCGUACAAGUGCAUGUGGGCUUACUGA